AUGUCUGGUGGGAUUAUGAAAAUUCAGGAAUCCCCCAAGACUUGGAAGAUCAAUUUUCCCAGGAAAAACGACCAAUCGGCUGAUGAUGAGAUUAGAAAGCAGAUUAAGGAAUGGAUUGCAAACGGUCACAAGCAACAAAAUGUAAUGCUUGUGACAGGUGAUCAAGGAUUCAUAGACCUUGUACAAGAAUUGCAUGACGCAAACCAUACCACGAUGGUAGCUUAUCUUCCUAAUGAGGAAUAUAGUGGAAAUGAUAAAAAACCACCACCUAAGAUACCUAAGGUUGGGAAAGGGGUGGACUUUGUGUGGACCUGGAGAUCAUUUUUAUCUCUUCAAGAGAAUGCCCCAAGUAAGAAACAUAAGAGAAGAGAAGAAUUCAAUGCUAAGAUUGCUGAGAAGAGGAGGAGGAAGGAUAAGAAAGGAGAGAAGGCUAAAGGUGAAGAAUAA